AUGACCUCCGUCGCGGCGUUCCAAACCCGUUCUACCGUCGCGCACCGUCAAGCGUCGACGCGCGCGCGCGAGAGACCCGCCGCCGUCUCGCCGUUUUCUCGAUCGACGCCGACGUCCGCGCGUCGUCUUCACACGCGCGCGUCGGCGACGCAGGAACCCGCGGCGACGUUGAAGAAGCUGACGAAGGAUUGGCAGAUUGACUUCUGCUCGCGACCGCUGAGGGACGACCGAGGGAAGAAGGUGUGGGAGCUGUUGGUGACGGAUGACGAGCGCUCGUUCGAGCACGCCGAGUACUUUCCGAACAACCGCAUCAACUCGGUGGAGCUGGCGCGAGCGCUGGAGCGGGUGAUGGCGAGUAAGGGCGAGAAACCUCGGAGGUUUAAGUUUUUCCGGGCGCAGAUGCAGACCAUCAUCACGCGGGCGUGCACGGAGGUGGACGUGGAGGCGCUCGCGAGCAGACGGUGCCAGACGAUGACGAAUUGGCUGGACGAGCGAGUGGAGAGCGUGUAUAAGAAACAUCCAGGGUACGACGCGAACGCGCCGCCGCUCAUGGCGUUCGAGCCGACGGCGCCGAAGCGUCUGCCAGAUGCGUUGCGAGGGGAGUCAUGGGCCUUCGUAGCCCUCCCGCUCGUCGGGGUGCGAGAGGAGGCGGAGCAAGUCAAGCGCGGCAAGGUGUUCGGCGCGCUGCUCGACAUCGAUGAAAACUUGCCGGACGACACCCUGAUCCCGGGUAUCGCCGUGUACACGUCCCGCGCCCUCGCGUGCAUCUCUGUCGACGCCCAGACGAGCUCCAUCGUACUCGAGACUGGAGUCAACGACUCGUGGUCGUACGCCUUUUUCCGCAAGACUCCCGAGCUCACUAAGGAGGCCAAGGAGUGGGAGCAGGUCAAGCGCGCGUGCGGGGGCGUGCACUUCCUGGCGAUUCAGACCGACGAAGAGGCCGAGGUCACCGAUGGCUUCUGGAUCUUAAGAGACGCCCCACCGCCGCAGUACUAA